AUGGAGGGGCUGAGGUGGGGCGCUCCGGAGCCUGCCUCCCUCCUAAAAGAAGAGGAAGUGCUGGAAAAUGCCACCCCGAUCUGUUCACGAGAUGCAACCCGAUUCAGGCACCUCCGGAAAUACGUGUACAGCUAUGAGGCUGAGAGCUCCAGUGGUGUCCCUGGAACUGCUGAUUCAAGAAGCGUCACCAGGAUCAACUGCAAGGCUGAGCUGGAGGUUCCCCAGCCCUGCAGCUUCAUCCUGAAGACCAGCCAGUGCACCCUGAAAGAGGUGUAUGGCUUCAACCCUGAGGGCAAAGCCUUGCUGAAGAAAACCAAGAACUCCGAGGAGUUUGCUGCAGCCAUGUCCAGGUAUGAGCUCAAGCUGGCCAUUCCAGAAGGGAAGCAAGUUUUCCUUUACCCGGAGAAAGAUGAACCUACGCACAUCCUCAACAUCAAGAGGGGCAUCAUUUCUGCCCUCCUGGUUCCCUCAGAGACAGAAGAAGCCCAGCAAGUGUUGUUUCAGGAAACCGUGUAUGGAAACUGCUCCACUGACUUUACCGUCAAGACAAGGAAGGGCAACGUGGCAACAGAAAUUUCCACUGAAAGAGACCUGGGACGGUGUGAUUGCUUCAAGCCCAUCAGCACAGGCACCAGCCCGCUUGCUCUCAUCAAAGGCAUUACCCGCCCCUUGUCAACUCUGAUCAGCAGUAGCCAGUCCUGCCAGUAUACCCUGGAUGCCAAGAGGAAGCAUGUGGCAGAAGCCAUCUGCAAGGAGCAACACCUGUUCCUGCCUUUCUCCUACAAGAAUAAGUAUGGGAUGAUGACACAAGUGACACAGACUUUGAAACUGGAAGACAUGCCAAGGAUCAACAGCCGCUUCUUUGGUGAAGGUACUAACAAGAUGGGUCUUGCCUUUGAGAGUACCAAAUCCACAUCACCUCCAAAGCAGGCCGAAGCUGUUCUGAAGACUCUUCAGGAACUGAAAAAACUCACCGUCUCUGAGCAAAAUUCCCAGAGAGCUAAUCUCUUCAAUAUGCUGGUCACUGAGUUGAGAGGCCUCAGUGAUGAGGCAGUCACAUCUCUCUUGCCGCAGCUGAUCGAGGUGUCCAGCCCCAUCACCUUACAAGCCUUGGUUCAGUGUGGACGGCCCCAGUGCUACACUCACAUCCUCCAGUGGCUGAGUCGUGUGCAUGCCAACCCCCUUCUGAUAGAUGUUGUCACCUACCUGGUGGCCCUGAUCCCCGAGCCCUCGGCACAGCAGCUGCGAGAGAUCUUCAACACGGCGAGGGAGCAGCGCAGCAGAGCCACCUUGUAUGCGCUGAGCCACGUGGUCAACAACUAUCAUGAGACAAACCCUACAGGGACCCAGGAACUGCUGGACGUUGCUAAUUACCUGAUGGAACAGAUUCAAGAUGACUGCACUGGGGAUGAAGAUUACACCUAUUUGAUUCUGCGGGUCAUUGGAAAUAUGGGCCAAACCAUGGAGCAGGUAACUCCAGAACUCAAGUCUUCAAUCCUGAAAUGUGUCCAAAGUACAAAGCCAUCACUGAUGAUUCAGAAAGCUGCCAUCCAGGCCCUGCGGAAAAUGGAGCUUAAAAACAAGGACCAGGAGGUCCUUCUUCAGACUUUCCUUGAUGGUGCUUCUCCGGGAGAUAAGCGACUGGCUGCCUAUCUCAUGCUGAUGAGGAAUCCUUCACAGGCAGAUAUUAACAAAAUUGUCCAACUUCUACCACGGGAACAGAAUGAGCAAGUGAAGAACUUUGUGGCUUCCCAUAUUGCCAACAUCUUGAAGUCAGAAGAAUUGUAUAUCCAAGAUCUGCAAAAGUUAGUGACAGAAGCUCUGAAAGAAUCUCAACUUCCCACGGUCCUGGACUUCAGAAAAUUUUCUCGGAACUAUCAGCUCUCCAAAUCUGUUUCUCUUCCGUCACUUGACUCAGCCUCAGCCAAAAUCGAAGGGAAUCUUAUAUUUGAUCCAAAUAAUUACCUUCCUAAAGAAAGCAUGCUGAAAACUACCCUCACUGUCUUUGGAUUUGCUCCAGCUGACCUCUUCGAGAUUGGCUUGGAAGGAAAAGGCUUUGAGCCAACAUUGGAAGCUCUUUUUGGGAAGCAAGGAUUUUUCCCAGACAGUGUCAACAAAGCUUUGUACUGGGUUAAGGGUCAAGUUCCUGAUGGUGUCUCCAAGGUUUUAGUGGAUCACUUUGGCUAUACCAAAGAUGAUAAACGUGAGCAGGACAUGGUAAAAGGAAUGAUGCUCAGUGUUGAGAAGCUGAUUAAAGAUCUGAAAUCCAAAGAAGUCCCGGAAGCCAGAGCCUACCUCCGCAUCUUGGGAGAAGAACUUGGCUUUGCCAGGCUCCAUGACCUGCAACUCCUAGGAAAGCUUUUCCUGAUGGGUGCCCGCACUCUGCAGGGGAUCCCCCAAGUGAUUGGAGAGAUCAUCAGGGAGGGCUCAAAGAAUGAUUUUUUUCUUCACUACAUCUUCGCGGAUUAUGCCUUUGAACUCCCCACUGGAGCUGGAUUACAGUUCCAAAUGUCUUCAUCUGGAGUCAUCACUCCCGGAGCCAAGGCUGGAGUGAAACUGGAAGUAGCCAACAUGGAGGCUGAAUUGGUGACAAAACCCUCCGUGUCUGUGGAGCUUGUGACAAAUAUGGGCAUCAUCAUUCCAGACUUCGCUAGGAGCGGGGUCCAGAUGCACACCAAUGUCUUCCACGAGUCGGGCCUGGAGGCUCGUGUUGCCCUGAAAGCUGGGCAGCUGAAGUUUAUCAUUCCCUCCCCAAAGAGACCAGUCAAGCUGUUCAGUGGCGGCAACACAUUAUAUUUGGUCUCUACCACCAAAACGGAAGUGAUCCCACCUCUCAUUGAGAACAGGCAGUCCUGGUCAACUUGCAAGCCAUUCUUUACUGGCCUGAAUUACUGCACCUCAGGCGCUUACUCCAACGCCAGCUCCACAGACUCCGCCUCCUACUAUCCGCUGACAGGGAACACCAGAUUAGAGCUGGAACUGAGGCCUACGGGAGAGAUUGAACAGUAUUCUGUCAGUGCAACCUAUGAGCUCCAGAGAGAGGACAGAGCCUUGGUGGACACCCUGAAGUUUGUAACUCAAGCAGAAGGUGUGGAGCAGACCAAGGCUACUAUGACAUUCAAAUAUAAUCGGCAGAGUAUGACCUUGUCCAGUGAGGUCCAAAUUCCAGAUUUGGACGUUGACCUUGGGACAAUUGUCAGAGUUCAUGAUGAAUCUACUAAGGGCAAAAAGUCUUACAGACUCACCCUGGACAUUCAGAACCAGAAAAUUACUGAGGCCGCCCUCAUGGGCCACCUAAGUUGUGACACAAAGGAAGAAGGAAAAAUCAAAGGUGUUAUUUCCAUACCCCGUUUGCAAGCAGAAGCCAGAAGUGAGAUCCUCACUCACUGGUCGCCUGCCAAACUGCUCCUCCAAAUGGACUCAUCUGCUACAGCUUAUGGCUCCACAGUUUCCAAGAGGCUAGCGUGGCAUUAUGAUGAAGAGAAGAUUGAAUUUGAAUGGAACACAGGCACCAAUGUAGAUACCAAAAAAAUGGCUUCCAAUUUCCCUAAUAUCCCUGAUUUACUUGGGAGCUUGACUUUCAUUGUCAUUGGUCUCCUGAAUACCAGAAUUCCUCCAACAGACAUGACUUUAUGGUACAUGGGUUCCAAAUUAAUAGAUACAACGGAGUCAUGGCUUCAGCAGGCAUCUGAGAGUCUUCCUUAUGCCCAGACUUUGCAAGAUCACCUCAAUGGCCUGAUGGAGUUGAACCUCCAGAACAUGGAAUGGCCAGACUUCGACAUUCCAGAAAACCUCUUCUUAAAAAGCGAUGGCCGGGUCAAAUAUACCUCGAACAAGAACAGUUUGAAAAUUGAGAUUCCUUUGCCUUUUGGUGGCAAAUCCUCCAGAGAUCUAAAGAUGUUAGAGACCAUUAGGACACCAGCCCUCCAAUUCAAGUCUGUGGGAUUCCAUCUGCCAUCUCAAGAAUUCCAAGUCCCUACUUUUACCAUUCCUGAGUUGUAUCAACUGCAAGUGCCUCUCCUGGGUAUUCUAGACCUCUCCACGAAUGUCUACAGCAACCUGUACAAUUGGUCUGCCUCCUACACUGGUGGCAACACCAGCACAGACCAUUUCAGCCUUCGGGCUUCGUACCACAUGAAGGCUGACUCUGUGCUUGACGUGCUUUCCUACAAUGUGCAAGGAUCUGGAGAAACAACGUAUGACCACAAGAAUACGCUCACACUAUCAUGUGAUGGGUCUCUACGCCACAAAUUUCUAAAUUCAAAUGUCAAAUUCAGUCAUGUAGAAAAAGUUGGAAACAACCCAGUCUCAAAAGGUUUACUAACAUUUGACGCAUCUAGUACCUGGGGACCACAGAUGUCUGCUUCAGUUCAUUUGGACUCAAAAAAGAAACAACAUUUGUUAGUCAAAGAAGUCAAGAUUGAUGGGCAGUUCAGAGUCUCUUCGUUCUAUGCUGAAGGCAUAUAUGGCCUGUCUUGUCAGAGGGAUCCUAACACUGGCCAGCUCAAUGGAGAGUCCAACCUGAGGUUUAACUCCACCUACCUCCAAGGCACCAACCAGAUAACAGGAAGAUAUGAAGAUGGAACCCUCUCCCUCACCUCCACCUCUGAUCUGCAAAGUGGCAUCAUUAAAAAUACUGCUUCCCUGAAGUACGAGAACUAUGAGCUGACUUUAAAAUCUGACACCAAUGGGAAGUAUAAGAACUUUGCCACUUCUAACAAGAUGGAUAUGACCUUCUCUAAGCAAAAUGCACUGCUGCGUUCUGAAUAUCAGGCCAAUUAUGAGUCAUUGAGGUUCUUCAGUCUGCUUUCUGGAUCACUAAAUUCCCAUGGUCUUGAGUUAAAUGCUGAUAUCUUGGGCACUGACAAAAUUAAUAGUGGUGCUCACAAGGCAACACUAAGGAUUGGCCAAGAUGGAGUAUCUACCAGUGCAAUGACCAGCUUGAAGUACAGUCCUCUGGUGCUGGAGAAUGAACUGAAUGCAGAGCUUGGCCUCUCUGGGGCAUCUAUGAAAUUAACAACAAAUGGCCGCUUCAGGGAACACAAUGCAAAAUUCAGUCUAGAUGGGAAAGCCGCUCUCACAGAGCUAUCACUGGGAAGUGCUUAUCAGGCCAUGAUUCUGGGUGUUGACAGCAAAAAUCUUUUCAACUUCAAGAUCAGUCAAGAAGGACUUAAGCUCUCAAAUGACAUGAUGGGCUCAUAUAAGGAAAUGAAAUUUGACCACACAAACAGUCUGAACAUUGCAGGCUUAUCACUGGACUUCUCUUCAAAACUUGACAACAUUUACAGCUCUGACAAGUUUUAUAAGCAAACUUUUAAUUUACAGCUACAGCCCUAUUCUCUGGUAACUACUAUAAAUAAUGACCUGAAAUACAAUGCUCUGGAUCUGACCAACAAUGGGAAACUACGGCUAGAACCCCUGAAGCUGAAUGUGGCUGGUAACCUAAAAGGAGCCUACGGAAACAAUGAAAUAAAACACAUCUAUACCAUCGCUUAUGCUGCCUUAUCAGCAAGCUAUAAAGCAGACACUGUUGCUAAGGUUCAGGGUGUGGAGUUUAGCCAUCGGCUCAACACAGACAUUGCUGGGCUGGCUUCAGCUGUUGACAUCAGCACAAACUAUAAUUCAGACUCACUGCAUUUCAGCAAUGUCUUCCAUUCUGUAAUGGCCCCGUUUACCAUGACCAUUGAUGCACAUACAAAUGGCAAUGGGAAACUUGCCCUCUGGGGAGAACAUACUGGGCAGCUGUAUAGCAAAUUCCUGUUGAAAGCAGAACCUCUGGCAUUUACUUUCUCUCACGAUUACAAAGGCUCCACGAGUCAUCAUCUCAUGUCUAGGAAAAGCAUAAGUACAACUCUUGAACACAAAGCCAGUGCCCUGCUUACUCCAGCUGAGCAGAUGGGCACCUGGAAACUCAAGACCCAAUUUAACAACAAUGAAUACAGCCAGGACUUGGAGGCUUACAACACUAAAGACAAAAUUGGUGUGGAACUUAGUGGACGAGCCCUGGCUGAUCUAACUCUACUAGACUCCCCAAUUAAAGUGCCAUUUUUACUCAGUGAGCCGGUCAAUGUCAUUGAUGCUUUAGAGAUGAAAGAUGCCAUUGAGACGCCCCAAGAAUUUACGAUUGUUGCUUUUGUAAAGUAUGAUAAAAACCAAGAUGUUCAUGCCAUCAGUCUCCCAUUUUCUGAACCCCUGCAAGAAUAUUUUGAGAGGAGUGUACAAACCGUUAUAAUUAUACUGGAUAACAUGCAGAAAGGCCUGAAGAACAUCAAUAUUAAUCAAUUUGUAAGAAAAUACAGAGCAGCCCUGGGCAAACUCCCACAGCAAGUCGACGAUUAUCUGAAUUCAUUCAAUUGGGAGAGACAAGUUUCACAUGCCAAGGAGAAACUGACUGCUCUUACAAAAAAGUACAGAAUUACAGAAAAUGAUAUACAAAUUGCAUUAGAUGAUGCCAAAAUCAACUUUAAUGAAAAACUAUCUCAACUGCAGACAUAUGUGAUACAAUUUGAUCAUUAUAUUAAAGAUAAUUAUGAUUUACAUGAUUUGAAAAUAGCUAUUGCUGAUAUUAUUGAUCGAAUCAUUGAAAAAUUAAGAAGUCUUGAUGAGGAUUAUCAUAUUCGUGUAAAUUUAGUAAAAACAAUCCACGAUCUACAUUUGUUUAUUGAAAAUAUUGAUUUUAACAAAAUUGGAAGUAGCACUGCAUCCUGGAUUCAAAAUGUGGAUACUAAGUACCAAAUCAGAAUUCAGAUACAAGAAAAACUGCAGCAGACUAAGAGACACAUACAGAAUAUAGACAUGCAGCACCUAGCUGGAAAGUUAAAACAAUAUGUUGAGGCUACUGAUGUUAGAGUGCUUUUAGAUCAAUUGGGAACUACAAUUUCAUUUGAAAGAAUAAAUGACAUUCUUGAGUAUGUCAAAUACUUUGUUAUAAAUCUUCUUGGGGAUUUUGAAGUAGCUGAGAAAAUCAAUGCCUUCAGAACCAAAGUCCAUGAGUUAAUUGAGAGGUAUGAAAUAGACCAACAAAUCCAGGUUUUAAUGGAUAAAUCAGUAGAGCUGGCCCACCAAUUCAAGUUAAAGGAGACUACUCAGAAGCUAAGUAAUGUCCUACAACAAGUUAAGAUAAAAGAUUACUUUGAGAAAUUGAUUGGACUUAUUGAUGAUGCUGUCAAGCAGCUUGAUGAAUUAUCUUUUAAAACAUUCAUUGACAAUGUAAACAAAUUCCUUGACAUGUUGAUAAAGAAAUUAAGGUCAUUUGAUUACCACCAGUUUGUAAAUGAAACCAAUAACAAAAUCCAUGAGGUGACUCAGAGACUCAAUGGUGAAAUUCAGGCUCUGGAACUACCACAAAAAGCUAAAGCAUUGAAACUGUUUUUAGAGGACACCAAGGCCACAGUUGCAGUGUAUCUGGAAAGCCUACAGGACACCAAAAUAACUUUAAUCAUCGAUUGGUUACAGGAUGCUUUAAGUUCAGCAUCUUUUGCUCACAUGAGGGCGAAAUUCCGAGAGACCCUAGAAGAUACACGAGACCGAAUGUAUCAAAUGGACAUUCAGCAGGAACUUCAACGAUACCUGUCUCUGGUAGGCCAGGUUUAUAGCACACUUGUCACCUACAUUUCUGACUGGUGGACCCUUGCUGCUAAAAACCUUACUGACUUUGCAGAGCAGUAUUCUAUCCAAGAUUGGGCUAAGCGUGUGAAAGCAUUGGUAGAGCGAGGGUUCACUGUUCCUGAAAUCAAGACCAUCCUGGGGACUAUGCCUGCCUUUGAAGUCAGUCUGCAGGCUCUUCAGAAAGCUACCUUCCAGACACCUGAUUUCAUACUCCCCCUAACAGACUUGAGGAUUCCAUCAGUUCAGAUAAACUUCAAAGAGUUGAAAGAUAUAAAAAUCCCAUCCAGGUUUUCCACACCAGAAUUUACUCUCCUUAACACCUUCCACAUUCCUUCCUUUACAAUUGACUUUGUAGAAAUAAAAGUCAAGAUCAUCAGAACCAUUGAUCAGAUGCUGAACAGUGAGCUGCAGUGGCCUGUUCCCGAAUUAUAUCUCAGGGAUCUGAAGGUGGAGGACAUUCCUCUAGCAAGAAUCACCCUGCCAGACGUCCAUUUACCAGAAAUCACAAUUCCAGAAUUCAUAAUCCCAAAUCUCAACCUUAGUGAUUUUCAAGUUCCUGACCUUCACAUACCAGAAUUCCAGCUUCCCCACAUCUCACACACAAUUGAAGUACCUACUUUUGGCAAGCUGUAUGGUAUUUUGAAAAUCCAAUCUCCUCUUUUCACUUUAGACGCAAAUGCGGACAUUCAAAAUGAAACCACUUCAGUAAACAAAGCAGGUAUUGCAGCUUCCAUCACUGCCAAAGGAGAGUCCAGAUUAGAAGUUCUCAGUUUUGAUUUUCAAGCAAAAGCACAACUCUCAGCCCCUAAGAUUAAUCCAUUGGCUCUGAAGGAGUCCGUGAAGUUCUCCAGCAAGUACCUGAGAACAGAGCAUGAUAGUGAAAUGCUGUUUUUUGGAAAUGCUAUUGAGGGAAAAUCAAACACAGUGGCAAGUUUACACACAGAAAAAAAUACACUGGAGCUUAGUAAUGGAGUCAUUGUCAAGACAAACAAUCAGCUUACCCUGGAUAGCAACACUAAGUACUUCCACAAUUUGAACAUCCCCAAACUGGACUUCUCCAGUCAGGCUGACCUGCGCAGCGAGGUCAAGACACUGUUGGAAGCUGGUCACAUAGCAUGGACUUCUUCUGGAAAAGGGUCAUGGAAAUGGGCCUGCCCUCAAUUCUUGGAUGAGGGAACACAUGAAUCACAAAUUAGCUUCACCAUGGAAGGACCCCUCACUUCCUUUGAAUUAUCCAAUAAGAUCAAUAGCAAACACCUAAUAGUAAACCAGAACUUGGUUUAUGAAUCUGGCUUCCUCAACUUUUCUAAACUUGAAAUUCAAUCACAAGUUGAAUCCCAGCAUGUGGGUCGCAGCAUUCUAACUGCUAAAGGCACAACACUGUUUGGAGAAGGAAAGGCAGAGUUAACUGGGAGGCAUGAUGCUCAUUUAAAUGGAAAGGUUAUCGGAACUUUGAAAAAUUCUCUUUUCUUUUCAGCCCAGCCAUUUGAGUUUACUAUAACCACAAACAACGAAGGAAAUUUGAAAGUUAGUUUUCCACUAAGGGCGACAGGGAAGAUAGACUUUCUGAAUAACUAUGCACUGUUUCUGAGUCCCGGUGCCCAGCAAGCAGGUUGGCAAGUAAGUGCUAGGUUCAAUCAGUAUAAGUACAACCAAAAUUUCUCUGCUGAAAACAACGAGAACAUCAUGGAGGCCCAUGUAGGAAUAAAUGGAGAAGCCAAUCUGGGUUUCUUAAACAUUUCUUUAACAAUUCCUGAAAUGCUUCUACCUUACACAACAAUCACAACUACCCCACUGAAAAAUUUCUCUUUAUGGGAAGAAACAGGCUUGAAGGAAUUAUUGAAAACAACAAAGCAAUCAUUUGAUUUAAGUGUAAAAGCUCAGUAUAAGAAAAACAAACACAAGCAUUCCAUCACAAAUCCUUUGGCCGUGCUUUAUGAGUUUAUCAGUCAGAACAUCAAAUCCUUUGACAGGCAUUUUGAAAAAGCCAGAAACAAUGCAUUAGAUUUUGUCACCAAAUCCUAUAAGGAAGCAAAAAUUAAGUUUGAUAAGUACAAAGCUGAAAAAUCUCACAAUGAGCUCCCCAGGACCUUUCAAAUUCCUGGAUACACUGUUCCAGUUGUCAAUGUUGAAGUGUCUCCAAUCACCACAGAGAUGUCGGCAUUCGGCUAUGUGAUCCCAAAAGCAGUCAGCAUGCCCAGUUUCACCAUCUCAGGUUCUGACAUCCAUGUGCCUUCAUAUACAUUAACCCUGCCAUCCUUAGAGCUGCCAGUCCUUCAAGUUCCUAGACAUCUCAAGCUUUCUCUUCCAGAUUUCAAGGAAUUGUGUACCAUAAGCCAUUUUUUUAUUCCUGCUAUGGGCAACAUUACCUAUGAUUUCUCCUUUAAAUCAAGUGUCAUCACACUGAAUACCAAUGCUGAACUUUUUAAUCAAUCAGAUAUUGUUGCUCAUCUCCUUUCUUCAUCUUCAUCUGUCAUUGAUGCACUACAGUACAAACUAGAGGGCACCACAAGAUUGACAAGAAGAAGGGGGUUGAAGUUAGCCACAGCUCUGUCUCUGAGCAACAAAUUUGUGGAGGGUAGUCAUAACAGUACUGUGAGCUUAACCAAGAAAAAUAUGGAAGCAUCAGUGGUAACAGCCGCAAAAGUCCAAAUUCCAAUUUUGAGAAUGAAUUUCAAGCAAGAACUUAAUGGACAUACCAAGUCAAAACCUACUAUCUCUUCCUUCAUGGAAUUUAAGUAUGAUUUCAAUUCUCCAAUACUGUACUAUACUGCUAAAGGGGCAGUUGACCAUAAACUCAGCUUGGAAAGCCACACCUCUUACUUUUCCAUUGAGUCAUCUACCAAAGGAGAUGUCAAGGGUUUGGUUCUUUUUCGGGAAUAUUCGGCAACUAUUGCCAGUGAGGCCAGCACUUACUUGAAUUCCAAGAGCACACGGUCUUCAGUGAAGCUGCAGGGCACUUCUAAAAUUGAUGAUAUCUGGAACCUUGAAGUAAAAGAAAAUUUUGCUGGAGAAGCCACUCUCCAACGUAUAUAUUCCCUCUGGGAGCACAGUACAAAAAACCGCUUACAGCUAGAGGGCCUCUUUUUCACAAAUGGAGAACAUACAAGCAAAGCCACCCUGGAACUCUCUCCAUGGGAAAUGUCAGCUCUUGUUCAGGUCCAUGCAAGUCAGCCCAGUUCCUUCCUUGAUAUCCCCUACCUUGGCCAGGAAGUGGCCCUGAAUGCUAACACUAAGAACCAGAAGAUCAGAUGGAAAAGUGAAGCCCGGGUUCAUUCUGGGUCUCUCCACAGCCGUGUCGAGCUUUCCAAUGACCAAGAAGAAGCACACCUUGAAUUUGCAGGAUCCUUAGAAGGACACCUAAGGUUCCUCAAAAAUAUCAUCCUACCAGUUUAUGACAAGAGUUUAUGGGACUUCCUAAAGCUGGAUGUAACAACCAGCUUGGGUAGGAGACAGCAUCUUCGUGUUUCAACUGCCUUGGUGUACACCAAAAACCCCAAUGGCUAUUCAUUCUCCAUCCCCGUAAAAGUUUUGGCUGAUGAAUUCAUUAUUCCUGGACUGAAACUAAAUGAUCUAAAUUCAGUUCUUGUCAUGCCUGCAUUCUAUGUCCCGUUUACAGAUCUUCAGGUUCCAUCCUACAAACUUGACUUCAGAGAAAUUAAAAUGUAUAAGAAGCUGAGAACCUCAUCAUUUGCCCUCAGCCUACCAACACUCCCCAAGGUAAAAUUCCCUGAAGUUGAUGUGUUAACAAAAUAUUCUCAACCAGAAGACUCCUUGGUUCCCUUUUUUGAGAUAACUGUGCCUCAAUCUCAGUUAAUUGUGUCCCAGUUCACGCUUCCAAAAAGUGUUUCAGUUGGCGGUGCUGUUUUGGAUCUAAAUGAGGUAGCCAAGAAGAUUGCUGACUUUGAGUUGCCCACCAUCAUCAUGCCUGAGCAGACUAUUGAGAUUCCUUCCGUUAAGUUCUCUGUCCCUGCUGGAAUUUUCAUUCCUUCCUUUGGAGCACUGACUGCACGAUUUGGGGUAGCCUCUCCCCUGUAUAAUGCCACUUGGAGUGCCAGUUUGAAAAACAAAACAGAUCAUCUUGAAACAGUCCUGGAUUCCACAUGCAGCUCAACCAUACAGUUCCUGGAAUAUGACCUAAAUGUUGUGGAAACACUCAAGAUCAAAGAUGGUAGGUUAACCUGUAAGACUAAAGGAACAUUUUCACACCGUGACUUCAGCGCAGAAUAUGAAGAAGAUGGCAAAUAUGAAGGACUUAUAGAGUGGGAAGGAAAAGUGCACCUUAAUAUCAAAAGCCCAGCGUUCACUGAUCUCAAUCUCCACUACCAGGAAGACGAAAAAGGCCUCUCCAUCUCAGCAGCCUCCCCAGCCAUAGGCACCAUGGGCAUGGAUGUGGACGAAGAUGAUGAUUUUUUUAAAUGGAACUUCCACUACAGCCCUCAGUCCUCUCCAGAUAAAAAAUUCACCAUAUUCAAAACCGAGCUGAGGUACCAGGAAUCUGAUGAGGAACUUCAGAUCAAAGUUAAUUGGGAAGAAGAGGCAGCUUCUGGCUUGCUAACCUCUCUGAAAGACAGUGUGCCCAAGGCCACACAGGCCCUUUAUAACUAUGUCAACAAGUACCACAGGGAGCACACGGGGCUCACCCUGAGAGAAGCAUCUUCAAAGCUGAGAAGAAAUCUGCAGAACAAGGCUGAAUGGGUUUAUCAAGGGGCCACUAGGCAAAUUGAUGACAUGGACAUGUGGUUCCAGAAAGCAGCCAGUGGUACCACUGGGAACUACCAAAAGUGGAUUGACAAGGCCCAGAAUCUGUACCAGGAACUGUUGACUCAGGAAGCCCAAGCCAGUUUACAGGAAUUCAAGGAUAAGGUGUUUGACAGCUUGAUACGAGUUACUCAAGAAUUCCGUAUGAAAGUCAAGCAUCUGAUUGACUCACUCAUUGAUUUUCUAACAUUCCCCAGGUUCCAGGUCCCAGGGAAACCUGGGACAUACACUAGAGAUGAACUCUGCACUAUGGUCAUAAGGGAGGUAGGGAUGGUACUGUCCCAGGUGUAUUCAAAAGUCCAUAAUGGUUCAGAAAUACUGUUUUCCUAUUUCCAAGACCUAGUGAUUAAACUUCCUUUUGUGUUAAGGAGCCAGAAAGUAAUAGAUAUAAUCUUGAUAUGCAGGGAACAGUUAAAAGAUUUAUCAAAAGAAGCCCAAAACGUAUUCGAAAACAUGCAGUCUCUAAAGACCACAGAGGUGCUACAUGAUCUUCAGCAGCUUUUACAAUUCAUUUUCCAACUAAUAGAAGCAGACAUUAAAAAGCUGAAAGAGAUAAAACUUACUGAACUUACUAAACAUAUCCGAGACGACAUCAACAUCAUCUUCAAUGAUUAUAUCCCAUUCUUUUUUAAAUUAUUGAAAGAAAUCCUAUGCCUUAAUCUAUAUACGUUCAAUGAAUUUAUUCAAAACAACCUUCAGGAAGCUUCUCAAGAGUUACAGCAGAUCCAUCAAUACGUUAUGGCCCUUCGUGAAGAAUAUUUUGAUCCAAGUGUAGUCGGCUGGACAGUGAAAUAUUAUGAACUUGAAGAAAAGAUAGUCAGUCUGAUCAAGAACCUAUUAGUUGCUCUUAAGGACUUCCAUUCUGAAUAUACUGUCAGUGCCUCUGACUUUGCUUCCCAACUCUCGACUCAAGUUGAGCAAUUUCUGCACAGAAAUAUUCAGGAAUAUCUCAGCAUCCUUACUGAUGCAGAUGGAAAAGGGAAAGAGAAGAUUGAAGAGCUUUCUACCACUGCUCAGGAAAUAAUUAAAAGCUGGGCCAUUGCAAUGAAGGCAAUCAUUUCUGAUUACCACCAGCAGUUUAGGUACAAACUCCAAGAUUUUUCAGACCAACUCUCUGAUUACAAUGAAAAAUUUAUUGCUGAGUCCAAAAGACUGAUUGACCUAUCCAUUCAAAACUACCACACAUUUCUGAGAUAUAUCACAGAGUUAUUGAAAAAGUUGCAGUCAACCACAGUCAUGAACCCGUUUAUGAAGCUUGCUCCAGGAGAACUUACUAUCAUCCUCUAAUUUUUUUAAAAGCAAAAGCAAUAUUCAUUUAUUCUUCUGUUCCAGUUGAACUUUUACAAAGCAGGGAAAAAAUUCAAACUGCACAUAUUGAUAAAACCAUUCAGUGAGCUAGCCCUGCAGUAGGUAGUAGACUACAAGCAGAAGCACAGAUGAACUCGACCUGCACCAAAGCUGGCAUUUUUGCAAGUUGAAGAAAAUCAAGAUCUGAGUUAUUUUGCUAAACUUGGGGGAGGAGGAACAAAUAAAUGGAGUCUUUAUUGUGUAACAUA